AUGUUGUCAUGCUGCUGGACUUCUCUUUUGCAGAUAGCUGGUUUGUCUGUUGCUGUUAUAUUUUUUGCUCUCAUGCAGCAAGCAUAUGCGUGGGAUCUUGAUUUGCCUAUCCCUUCUAUGCUGUCAGCCGUAGAAACCAAUUUACAAAUGCCAAUUCCAUUUUUGCCUUUAGCUGUUCUACCCAUUCUGGUUUCCUUGAUUCUUUCCUUCCUAAUGUCUCAACCCUUUCCUCCCAUCAUGAGCUUUGCCAUUGUGUCAAUGAUUUGUUAUUUAUUAGCAAAUGGGUUGAUAGUUCUACUGGUAUUGGCUUCACAGUUGUUCUUCUAUGUGGCUGCCACUAUACAUGUAUUCAUUAAGACAAGGUGGCAAGCAUGGGAAGGAAAUUUUUGCUUUGGAUUCCUUCUUUGGUUUGCCAAUCUUUCCUCCAGUUUCUUUUCAUUAAAGAUGGUAAGGGUUCUAAGAGUCCAUCCGUUAAUUGUUACAACACUGGCUGCAAUUACUUUGGUGUGCAUUGUUCAUCCAGCUUUGGGUCUAUUCGUACUUCUCAUGUCUCAUGCUUUGUGUUGCCAUAAUUCACUGUGCAGUUCUUUGACAGCUUCCUUCCGUAGCCAUGUUUGGAAAACGGAACUAUUUGAUUACAACAGUGAUGGCAAUGGUCGGUCUAAGCAAUUUGCAUCAACACAGGAUGGAAGAUUCAACCAUAAUCUUCCAUCAGAAGAGAUUAACUCCAAUAGUCCAAAUUCAACAAAAAGUUUUAGUGACACACAACUAGAGAUUUUCCAUCACCGGCAUGGCUUGGUGAUCCUGCAUCUUCUUGCAACCCUCAUGUUUGUACCCUCAUUGAUGGCUUGGUUGCAGAGAAUAUGGAUUGGGCAUAGCUUUCCGUGGUUCUUGGAUUCAGUCCUUUGCAUCGGUGUAAUUUUUCAUGGUGUUAUCAUCUCGAAGCCCGAUUUCAAUUCCUUAGUUACCUUCCCAAGCAUCUUGGGUCAGGAACUGAGGCUGAAUGUUGUGUACGCUGUUGCUGGAUACUAUUCCUUUCUCUCUGGACUGGCAUUGGCGCCGUAUAGGGUUUUUUAUGCUAUGGCUGUCAUAGGGUUCAUUUCAAUCGCUUGUAAAAUCAUAAAAGGAAGAAAUGGUUUCGGCAACCGGAAACAUUCUCACCGACACUGAGUUAACUUAUUCUUUAAUCUAUGUACACUUGAGUCUGAGAGUAGCCAGAUCAUGAGAAGGUUGUGCAAUUAAUUUGGUAGUUUGAUGAUCUGUGUAACAUUAAUUUGCGUCUUCCCCACCAGAAUUUCACACGGGAACAAUAUGAGAGUGUUUACAAUUACAGUAAUACUAUAUUUACCGACCCAAAUACCGAUUUUUAUAUACCGACUCACUACCCAACAACCCAAAUCUCAAAAUUUAACUCAGAGUCAGUAUAUCAAAUCAGUCGCUGGGUCGGUAAGCCUAGCAUUACUGUUACAAUUACAGGUGAAAGACGUAACUCUGAAAACAGAAAGGAAGGGGAAAAGAAAAAUUGGUUGAGUGCGAUUUGUAAUUAGUGGCUGAGCCUUUUUGUGAACAUGGCUCUCCCUGUAUUUCACCUUACUAGAUGUUUAUGAAUUUUGUUGUACAAUCAAAGAGGUUCAUUUUUCAUUUUUGCAGCAUUACAGAUCAGUUUGUUAAACUUUGAUGAUGAAAUAACAGCUUAAUCUUU